GAGGAGAUAGGAGUAUGUCAUAUGUACAGCCAUUAUUAUUAAUUCGGUGUCUAAUUGUUGAGCUAUUUGUGUGUAAAAUGCUUUCAAACUUGUAUUUUACUGGAAUCCAGUUAACUUGCACAAUGGGCUUAUCUGUUUGGUUUUUAUUAAGUCUCUUUUCAUCUGUCUGAAACAGUUUUAGAUAUUCUAUUAGAUAACUAUGUAUUCAUUUUUGCCUAUCUGAAUUAAAAUCAGUUAAUCACACACAAUGGAAAUGGAAAUCGACGCUGAAUUCGGGUGUAAACCACCUCAGGGGAAAUUGACUGCUGCUUUAUAAAACGAGUUUGCGUUCAUGUGCUGUUGUACGCAUGCGUGUGAGAUGGUCUCACCUGAAGGCACCGAAACACACACUGCCGAUCAUGUAGAAAAGGGAGUAAAAUAUGAGCAGACACAGAAGGAGAUUGAAGAGCACGGUCUGUGGGGAGGAGGAAGAUUUCACAACACAGUAACUAAUUUGUCUGGUGGGCUACAGUGCAUAUUUCCACGGUACACAACAUUAUAAACAAAAACACAGCCUGCAGUCUAGGCUGAAGACAUUUAGCUGCUGCAAAACCUUGCGGGCUGUUGAUUUAUUUGUGGAUCACCCUCAUUUUUGUAUCACACAUGAUUGUCAAGCGAUCUUUCGUUGAAUGGCGGACUGACAGCUGACACUGAUAGAAGUAUGAGCUGAAGAAAUCGCAACACAUUCACGCUUACCUUUGAGUCGACCGCAUUGCCUUUGAAUGCCAUCUCAUGAUUUGAACUAGAUGUAGAAUUGCACAAUAAUCCAGGCUGCAGCACGAUACACGACCCCGUUAAUCCCUACAAAACUGGACUUCUUUCGCCAUCUAGCGACCGACGCUUGAAAUAAACCUCCGCCUCUCCAGCCAAACGCUGAACUGAAUUCACCAAAAAUCAGGGCGGCCUUUGUUGGCUAAAAUUAAGAUUUAUCUGACUGUAUGCCUCUUAGCAAGAACCGAGACGCGUUUUCUUAAGUGCUACAGCCAUUUUAUGUGCAAUAAGGUUGUAUUUAAAUCAAAAUUCGGACUGAUACUGGCCUAUGAAAUGUGUUGCUUUAUUUUACCGGAGAUGAAAUACCCACUCAAUGUGGGAGGGAUACUGCAGGACUGUUGUUGAUAAUUUGGAUGAACAUAAAAAUUAUGAACGCUGAUAACCCCCAAAAAUACUUGUUUGAAGACGUAACACAACCAAUGGCGAACAGUCCAUUGUCAGUUGAAUUAAUGGAUUUGCUGUCACAUUAAAACCAUUCAGACAUUUUGGUAGCCUAGGAGUGAGGUCACCAUAAAGCUCGAUGCUUGGUUUUUUCUUCAUCUGCAGUCGUAGUGUAACCACACAGGCGUGUGUUACUGUUUUACGGCGUCGAGUUUUUUUCUGUUAACUCAGUAGAUGUGGGUAUUAUUCUCGACUUUACGUAUUAACAGUAAUUCAAACGCGGAGUUGUAUGGGUGUAUUACAAACACGACCAGUUUUAGAGUUAACGCACACUAUGGUUUUGAUGUCGUUUUGAUUAAAAACGGUACAAGGCCCGAGUUUGUUAUCCGACAGCUAGCAUUGCCGCAUAUAAACUUGUGAAUGACACCGUAUAUAUUUUACACACAAACAAAGUAGUGUUUUAUCGACAUUAAUGAUUUUUAAGUUGGGAAUAAACACACUUCCAUGACCAGGAGAGGACCAACCGCUCCUCAACGGUCAUAAUGGCAGACACUGCGGUUCCUGCGCUCCAUUGAUACACACACACGUACUUCUUGAGGGGCUCACUUCUGAUGUUGUUGAAAGCAAGGCGGGGUUGUGAGCUUCAGCCCCGUGCUGGUAAUCGUAAAAUCGCCACUGAACUGAGUUUUUGGGCGUGUUUUGCGUGCAAACAGGUUUAGUAUUGACCACCGAGAGUAAAGUGAACUUUUCCGAGACCCAAAGUUGUCAGGCAGCGCAUCUUAUACGCAUGCGCAUCCUUCUAUCCAGCUCUAAAUAAGAGUUAAAACAGAAACGAGGUGAGUUCCACAUUUUAAACAAAACGAGCCUUAAUUCUCAUUUAAUGCCGAUAACAGGAGCAAUAUUUGUAAGUCUGACUUGCGUCUUUCCUAUUGGUUAUACUUCGUGUUAUUUCCACUGUAAUUUAAAACGGCGAGUAUAAAUCGUUUUUUCAAGUUUCUAUUGAAGAAAUUAUUCAAGCAACAAUGUUUAAGCCCGUAACAGUUGGACAACGUUAAUGUCGGUGCGCAUCUUAAUGUGCCAAUUAUUGACAAUUUGCAAAAUGCGUUUUUCCAUUGUUAUUAACCGGGAAACUUAUUUAUUACAGAUUGUCCUUAGCUGGCUGCAUCCAGUCACAAUGCUACGGCUAGCCGUCUAGCAACCCUCUGUUCAGUUGCACGGAGUGGAGCUAGCUGGCUGUUAGCUUCGUGUCAGCGCUAGCUAGCAACCUGGGCUGACAUUCCGUGACAAGGGGAAAGUGGAAAAAAUAACCCGAGUGAAGGAAAACACCAAGUCAGGAAAUUACAGAGCACGCGUUUGCUUUUGUUCGACGUGUAGCCGCUUUGCAUGAUUUGUUUAAAUGGGUAACUUGAGUAAUUUACAUAGUUUAAACGUGUUGGUGGCCUCUUCCUAAGCUCCGCCAUUUUGUAUAAGACGAAUGCUAAUCAUGGGCGCUCUUACAUACACUUUAUUUAUAGCUACAAUAAAACUGAGGAGCUGAGUAUAAAGUCAAACUCCAUCAACAUCUAUAAGCACGGGCUGUUCUAUACUUUUCACAUACUUAUGACCUCCAUGCAAACAAAUAAUGCCACCUUAUUUGGUGUUGAACAUGCGUCAGGACUAAAACGUUAUAUCGUAAUAUUCGUCGCAUUAAAAUGUUUAUAAGUUUGGCCAGUCAGUGCAGAAAACAGUGUUUUCUGCGAGAUUGGUUGACAAAUUACCCUCUCACUUAUUCAUAACCAGACAAACAAGCGGUUUUAGGAGAUACUGUUAAAACAAGGAAAAGAUGAACUUGUAUGGUUAACUUAAAGUUUAGACAUAUUUCCCCAUGUUUGUCAUUGAUCUCGAUAACGGAUUGAUCUAUUGUGACCAUUUGUGUUUGCAUUUUUCUGUUUGUUGAGCCGCAAAACAAUAAUAUUUCUGACUGUUUUGUCUGAAACCGAAGUGCAUGGUGUAUCCUGCAAGCCAGCACACAGUCUCCAUCUAGCGGUGAUGUUAAGCACUGCUGUUUACAAGUGCAGGUAGACGCUGCGUUUGCCGUUGUGGGCACUGUGUAGGUAAAACCAUCCAGGGGGCUGCAACACUGGAAUGAUCACGCAUAGAUAACACACUGGAUAGGACACAACGUUAUCAAUGUUCCUACUUCAGCUUUAUUUUGUACAUUUUGUCUUAGUUGUAAGUAUCUGGCGGCCCCUUUGAUAUAAGUCUGUACUUUCAGGUUGGGGAUAUCAGAGGAGUGGGAAUGACUGACACUCCACCCAGUGAUGGCCCCUCCCAGGGAGCUGAGUUUGAUAUGAUGGGUGCUCUGGACUGGAAGGAUGGUAUUGCCACACUGCCAGGCAGUGACAUCAGGGUAUGAGAGACAUUUAUGAGGCUUAUUAGGGACAUCUGAUCGUGUAAAUGUAUGUGGGCAUGCUUGUGAUAACACACAGCUUCAUAAAAGAAGGUUUCCCGUUGCAGACGAGGGCCUGUUGACCAGAAAUUUCUACGUUGUGAGCCCCAGAACCAGCCAAAGAAGUGAAAAUACCACAUAUACUUAUAAUGAUGGUAAUGCCAUCAUAUUUAAAACUGUGACACUGGAAAUGAUACAAUGCUAGUAUCUAUUGCUGCACAAUGAGGACUUGUUUUAGAGGCAGAUGUAAUCUUAUCAAUCCUAACUUAUGUAAAUAUCACCAAGGAGUUUUUGUGAAGGGCAUCACUGGAUGUUUUGGAGACUUAGGCCUAGACCUGACAGGUUCUGAUUAUGUCUUAAGAUGUUGGACAUGUUUACCUCUGAGACUGAUUUAGUUAUUAUUUGAAGUGACUCUCUACGUAUAUUCAGAGACAGAUAGUUAAAGUUUAAGGUGGGGCAUUACCUUGGCUCAGAGUUUUCUUUUGUUUGUUUUUUUGUCUUUCAGUUCCGCAUGACAGAGUUUGGGACUCUUGAGAUUGUCACAGAUGUAGAGGUCAAAGGGCAGGAUCCACUGCCUAACUCUGGGACCUUGGACCCAGCACAGUCCCAAACUCCCACCCCUCCACCAGAGAGCCAAUCACAGAGUGGUACAGCCACAGCGCCAGCCAAUCAGAUUCAGCUAGGAUCUUCUCAAGGCAAAGGUAGGACGGAAUAUGUUUAACUUUUUGCGCAUUGUUAUUAUCAAGAAAGGAAGUGUUUACUUUUACAGCUGUAAUGGAAAACGAACCAUUUCAGCUCCUUCUUUCUAUUUCUUACUCCAGCCCCCCGUCCUGUGCUUCUGUCUUUAGAGGAGGGCCCAAGUAUGGAGGGCCCGAGUGUGGAGGUCGGUCCAAGUGUAGAAGUUGGCUCCAAUGUUGCAGAUGUGGGUUCGAAUGGGGAGCUGUCGAGGUGUAGGGCGUGUGGUGGCAGUGUCCCUCAGGGUACUCUUCUGCAAGGCAAAUUCUGUAGCUCCAUUUGUGCUCAGCCCUCCAGUGGCAGGUAAAAAAAAAGAAGAAAAAGUCAAAAUGUUUUCUCUCUUUGUUAUGAUGAUUUUUUUCCUGUGUUUUUUUUUUAUCAUCAUAAACAUUUUUUCUUCUGCAGAUCCUCUCCAGGUGAAUCAAGAGAGAAUCAAGCAGUUGAGGGUGAGAGACUGGGGAAGCGUGUGCGCAAAAAGAGGAAGAUUUACAUGGAUUCUGGUGAUGAAGAAGAAGAUAAUCAAGAGGAGCCAGAGGUAAGGGCCAAACCCUCCCAAUUCAGUGUAGAGUUGUUGCCUAUUUAGCUGUUAUAAGUCAUAAAAGCAUGAGACAGGGGGGAAAAAAGUCACUAGCUGUGAUUAUAAACAUGCUCUUAAUUUUCCCUGUCUGAAGGAAAAAGCCAAGUCUACCAAAGGCAGAAGAGGUGCCAAAGUCGCCAAACUGGGUAUGACAGACUGCUGACAUUUUCUCAUUGAAGAUUUUCUUUUUUUUUAAAUACAGCUGCAGAUGACAUUUUAUUUUUUCAUGUAACAAAUUAAAAAAAUAUAUAUUACAAUUAGGCUGAUCUUGAUGGAAUAAAUUUAAACUGGGGAACAAAUGUGUCUGCAGGUGCCUUAUUCUCAUCAGUGACAAAUAACAGAGCUGGUUGUGCACAAACUCCAGUUCAUAAGACUUAUGAUUAAUUUAUUUUUCAGUCACUGCGCCAACCAAUAAGAAACGGGCAUGGAGCUGGCCUGUUUACUUGGAAGAGGAGAGGUCAAUCGCAGCUCCUGUCAAACUAUUUAAAGAGGUACUUAUUCUCAAAAAACUCUGUCAGUUUAGCAGAUAAAGUUGUUUAUAUUUCCUCACUUAGACCAGAUCAUGACUCUGCUGUGAUGUUUCUCCUUCUCUUAGCACCAGUCAUUCCCGCAAAGCAGAAACGGCUUUAAGGUGGGGAUGAAACUAGAGGGACUGGACCCGUCUCACCCGUCUCUGUUCUGUGUGCUCACUGUUGCAGAGGUACAGUUGUUGAUCAGUUGUUUGUGGAUUGCAUUCAGUAAAAGAGAAAACAAAUUUAUCUCUGUUUAUAAUUAAGAGCUUGACUCAUACUUCUGUGUUUCCCCUUUGUGUGUCAGAUCCAAGGCUACAGGGUAAGACUCCACUUUGAUGGUUACCCAGAGUGCUAUGACUUCUGGGCAAACGCAGACUCGUGGGAUAUCAAACCAGCCGGAUGGUGUGAGAAGAAUAGUCACAAAUUAUUGUUGCCUAAAGGUACAAACAAACACAGACACAAAAUGAAAAAUCUACCCAUGAUUGAAAGAGUAAAUCUCCAGAGUGAUUUUUCCUGCAGGCUGUAAGGAUGGAGAGUUUAAUUGGGGCAUGUAUGUAAAGAACUGCAGAGGUCAGCUGGCCCCCAAACACCUUUUCAAGAGCCUCAACACAGUGAGUUAUCAUUACAGCCUGUAGACUCAGAAACCAAACAGGGUGUCCAGAAAUUCAGGGGUUUUUAAAGUGCUGAUUAUGUUUUGUUUUUUAAACUCUAGUCUGUGACGCCGUCUGGAUUCAGAGCCGGCAUGAAGCUUGAGGCGGUGGACAGGAAGAACCCGUCGUUGAUCUGUGUAGCAACAAUUUCUGCUGUUGUCGAUAAUCGAUUGCUCAUACAUUUCGACAACUGGGAUGACUCGUAUGAUUACUGGUGAGAACAAAGAGGGAGACUGAAAGAAGAAGAGGGCUGCGAGGGUUUUACUCACCCUUUGUGGAGGAUCUUAUCUUUGUUUGCUUUUAUGAUGCACUUGUUUUCCUUCUAUUUAUUCAUCCCUUUAUUUAUUUAUUGGUUAAGGUGUGAUGCUAGCAGUCCAUACAUCCAUCCUGUGGGUUUCUGUGAAGAUGUCAAAUUGACUCUGACGACUCCAGCUGGUAAGACAGAUCAAGAUAACCUACACAAACUACAUGCCCAUUCUUGCUUUAUACAGGAUUUCCUUUGUUGUAUUUUUAGUUUCAUGAUGCACUAAAUGUUUUCAAUAGGUGAAAGUCAGGACUACAGAUGGGUCACUUUAGUGUCUAGCCGCUUCUACUACUGAGCUAUGCAGUUGUAAUUCAUGCAGAAUGUGGUUUUAUGCAAGGUCACACCUGAAAACAGCAUUAUCUAGAUGACAAAAACCCAGAUUUAUUGCUAUGCAUUAAUGUUGCCUUCCCAGGUGUGAACUACCUAUGCCAUGGGUAAUACCAUCACAUAUAAUGACUAGGGAUGCAGGCUCAAUACAUUGCAGCUUGCUUCAUGAAAUAUUUAUAAAAUUACAAUAUAGUAGCCAUCAAGACUACUCUGUAGAGUUUCCUAUCUCUCCCUCCCUUCAUACCGCUCUAACUGCUGACAACACAUUCUCCGGCCCAUCCUGAAAACCCUCCUCCCUGCUUGCGUCAUUUUCUAGAGAGGAGUGUAAAAUGAGAAAGCAAAAAACAGAUCCCAGGCAAGUUCACCUGCACUCCAAGAGGCUGUUGGUUUGAUAAUAUGAACUCUGAUGCCCCGCCCAUUAACGUGAAGCAAAUGGAAACUUGUUGGUCACACCUUUUACAUCCUCUCCUACUUUUUACACCACCAGACUGGAAUUUAAAAAGCACUCUGUAUUGUGAAAUAAACUGAAUGCUGUUUAGUCAGCCUGAAGCUCAUACUCAGGGGAAGAUGUGAGAUAGGUCAGACAGGAGUCCUGGUUGCAACAUCUUAAGUAUGUUAGACGCAUUGUUGUGUGGAUCUAACAAAUGUUUUUUUUUUUUUUUUUUGCUCUCACCAGAAUAUAAGCAGCCCAAGGCUUUCUCAUGGGAGAAAUAUCUGGAGGAGACAGGCACACAAGCUGCUCCUGCGAGGGCCUUUAAACCGGUACCACUUUACAAACACGAUCAAAUUUCAACAUGUAUGACAGUAGUCCAGAUUCUGUCGUGACAUUUUUGUGUGUCCUGUGUUUGUAGAGACCUCUCCAUGGCUUCCAGUUGGGAAUGAAAGUUGAAGCUGUCGAUAAGAGGAACCCCAUGCUCAUCCGGGUUGCAACCAUAGUGGACACAGAGGACCACCGUCUAAAAGUAAAAGACGCUUUCUACUAAAGAUGUGUUUUGACAUUCUGAGUUCUCAGCUUUGGUCAAACUUCCUUCUUGUGUCUGGUAUUCUUUCCCAGAUUCACUUUGAUGGCUGGAGUUCAGAGUAUGACUACUGGGUGGAUACAGACUGCCCUGAUCUGCACCCUGUGGGCUGGUGUCAGAAAACUGGACACCCGCUACAAUACCCUAACGGUGAGAUGUUUCUUGCCCCAAAAGUUCUGUUUGAUACUCAGUGAGUUUGGCCCAAGUUUCUCAGUGAUAAAAACUUUAAUUUCACAGAUGAGUCAGCAGUUUGACUGCAUUUCUGGGGGUGGUUGUGAAUCUGUAAUGAAGUCAAAUGGAAAUUGUAUCCCAGGAUGUUUGCAUACAUACAUUAACACUCUCUUGUGUGUCUUUGGGUGUAUAUUUCAGGCUCCAGUGAAUUACUGACUGCCCCAGGACAAGGAUGUCCCACUCCAGGAUGCAAUGGAGUGGGACAUAUUAGAGGACCUCGCUAUGGGACGCACUACACGUUAGUAGCACCCACCAGGUUUUGUGCUUACUCAUUUUCUUUGUUUUCGUCUUCUCUGUUCUGUCUCUGUGAUUCUCAAUCAUAGUUUAAUAUGAAACACUAUAUCUCCAAUGAAAUCCAAUUUUAACUUCCUUAAAGUAAAUACAUGAAUGCAUGUUGAGAUUUUCUGAUUUAAGGUUAGUUGUGUUGCUUUGGAGUCACUGAUCGUGGUGUGAAAAUCUACUCUUUUGUAAUCUAACCCAAUGCAGUUUGUUGCUGUCUCACUGAAUUUGUUUCUAAUGUCUUCAUCUUAACUGCUUCAUGUCACUGUUUCUUAAGCAGGACAUAAAUCAUGAAACCUCAUCUCGUUUUUAUCAGUGUUUGGGGACUGUGUAUUUUCUAAUCCUAGGAGAAGCUCGACUCUGUUCUAAAAUGUCAUUGAAACCCAUGUGGGCUGCCUGCAUAGUGUAAAUGUGUUGCUUGUGUUUGUGUGGGCGGUCAGAGUCUUUGGGAUGGUUUCUUGAGCCGUUUCUCUGUCUGUUAGCUGGAACUUGCUUAACUGCAGAAUGUUAAAUGCACAGCUGACUUCGUUUGAGCUUGUUUACAGUUUGUGCGCCUUUGUCUGUGCAGUCAGGUGAGCUGUCCAUACUCGGAGAUGAACCUGAACAAGGAGGGCUUGCUGCCAGAUCGCCUCAGUGGGGAAAGACCUCCCGCCCUUAGUGGACCUCAGCCUCGAGGCAGACGCCCCGAUCCUCAAACAGUCACUACCACGCUGACCUCCUCUACCCCAGAGCUGCUAGAAGGGGCCGAAGACCCCCAGAACAGGUUUGCUGCUGAACAUUACUGUACACACAGCCAUCACCACACUAAGCAUGACCAUUCUUAGGAGGAGCUCCUAAGAGAACUCCUAUAACUGUUUUGCAUUCAGCUCUCUGCACUGGUCUGUACCUGAGAGUGUGUUAACUGUGUUGCUAGGAAACCGGUGACAGUUGAAGCUGAGCGUACAGGACGCAACACCCAGCCAGACCCACUAGGUGGAACUGGCGAGCAAAGCCACAAUGGAACGAGGCCUAAACGGUACAGAGCCAUCAGACCAAACUGUGGACUUGUGCUCUCUAGUUUUAGGAAGUAACCUCUGACUUUUCUGUUGCCUUAUGUUGCAGAAGCGCUCCAGUUCCCAAAUACCUGAAAAUGCACUAUGUGAAAGAGGAGAUUGGUGAUAGUAAAGGUACCCUUUGAUUUCAAAUGACACUAGCAGAAAGAGUGUAAAUUAUUUUCUAUCUCCUGCUGACUCCUCUCCCUCUCUUCCCUCUCUUAAGCCUCUCCAGACGCCAUCUCUCUACAGCAGGCCCUCCACGAAUCAGUGUUCUCCCCCGGCAUCUCUGCCUCCCCCCCUCACCGGGUGGCUCUCUGCUGGGACAAACACUGCCAGCUGCUGCCUGAGGUCCUGGGGCUGACUGCCAAGAGAGUGGCCACUUGGAGCGCUGAGGAGGUCAGAGAUGCCCACACACAUGAAAAGCAGACACGCACUCCUCAGUGAAUCAUCCAACAUGAAGGCAGAAAGUUGCUCAAAGACAGGGUUCAUAGUUAAAAAGGGAGCGAUGAAUAGUUGAUAUUUGGGCAGGUCGGGUUAACAAGUGAAGUUCAUCCGAGACUUACAAGACACCUUGAUUAGUGAACGAAUAAAUACAGAUUAUAAUUCGUUGUUUUUUGUGGCCCUCUUCAACAAGACUCCUCUUUUUGCUUUUCAGGUCGCGGGGUUUGUGAAAGGACUGCCAGGGUGUAAAGAGCAUGCUGCUACGUUCAAAACAGAAGUAAGUUUCUCUUUGUUGGGAAUGGAUUGUUUCAAAAUGUGAAAAUAUAGGCAGAUGUCUUGUGCUCUGUAUUAGAAUUUUUUGGGGGGUAUGAUAAGAAUGAAAAAAAAUUGCGCAAAAUAGGCUGAAAAAGAGAAGAUUGUAAUGUAGCUGAAGAAUUGUAAAAUCUAUGGGGAAAAAAGCACAAAAAUUGAUACAGUCUCUCUCUCCAAAAAUCAAUCACUUUUUCUCAGCGUUUCAGGACUUAAACUGAUAUCAUAAUCCCCCCUUGUAAGAAUGUUCAUCCGUGAUCAGUUUUUCAAUCUGCUUGUCUUGUUUCCAAUGUAAAACAGAAAGCCGGUGCCUCUCUCCUUGCACUCUGAUUUCUUUCUGACAGGACAAGAAAAAAAAGCUUUAUAUAAACAGUGGGGCUUAUGUCACUUAUUUCACAUUUGAAAUUAUAUAUAGAGGAACGUACUUGUCUGUGUGUGGUGUAGUGUAGUGCAUGGGUGCUGGAGCUGCAGAGUACAUACAUAAGGUACACACACAGGUGGACACAUUACAUAACUCUGACUCAAUCAGUUCAAUACUUGGGUUCUGCUGUAGCUUUCUUGCAAAAAAAAGGUCUUUUAAUGUUAAAUAUUUUUGUAUUGACACUGUCUGCACGCAUAUGCUUGUGUAAAUGUUAGGUAGCUUGAGGGAUAAAGAAUAUAAUGCCAAAUGUUUUCCCCUUUCACAGCAAAUAGAUGGCGAGGCCUUCCUGCUGCUUACCCAAGCAGACAUCGUCAAGAUCCUGUCAAUCAAGUUAGGACCCGCCCUAAAAAUCUACAACUCCAUCCUUAUGUUAAAGAACGCAGACGAGGAGUGAGAGCCAUUACCUCUGCUUCAAGCUUCAUCAACACUCAGCUGAAGACUUGAUAAAAUCAGCCUGAAGCAUUUUCAUCCGUGGAACUCUGCAGCAGGUGCAGCUACACGAGAGAAAUGAGAGGAAGCCAUCAUCCUAAAAAACGUCCACCACCAGCCCCGCCCCCUUCCACCCACCUACCCUCUUACUCUCGUCAUGAAUGACAGAACUGAUGAACCUUGAGAGAGAUUUACAUGAAACCCUGAAGAGUUAUCGACUUAAGUUGUGUUUGUUUACCAGAUCAUUACAUAAAAAAAAAAACUACAGGCACCUUCAAUGCUUCUUAACAUUGUACAGUUUUUGAAUUGGAUCUAGUUUCAUAGUUUUGUUGAUUUCUCUGUUUUCUUUUGAACUUUUGAGCUCAUAGAAGAUAUUCAAGCAUCUUUGUGCUUUGUUGCUUUUUACUCGGCAACAACAGAUAAUUUUUUUAAAAAGCUGCAAAUUACAAUCGUGAUGUGGUGAGAGGUUUUCAAUGUGAAACCCAGUGGAGCAGAAGCACUAUGUAGUUCAUUCUUUGUCCUGUAGAUGGAGAAAUGAGCCGCUCUGUAAGCCCUGAGGCAACAGUGAUUGUUUAAACUCGAGUUGGCUGGAGCUAAAGGGGUGGGGUGGGGGGUAAACUUUGUGUGUUUGUGCGUGUGUGUGCAGAUGUGACUAAAUGUGUUUGAGAAAAGAGCAUGAAUGUCCCCACCAGCCUGUGUUUGUUGCUUUUCAGGUCAGAGGAUUGUGUUGUGACAAAGCAGAGCUAAGGGCUAAACAUUUAACAGCGGAAACUUGCAAGUCUUUAAAGGGACCAUAUUGUGCAGAUUUCACUUAAGAAUGGUUUUCUAACAAUAAUGUGAAUCCCCAGCCUGUCUACAAACAGGAACCCCAUGAGAAAAUUCUAUCCACUCCCUCUCUUGCUUGUUCCACCUUUCAAAAUAUGAGUGCUCAAACGGGCAGAUUGGAACUAUCGCCUUCCAUGACUUCAUGGACGGCGAUAAUGCUGCGUUCGAGUUACCUCAGAAGUCAGUUGUCGGAGCUGAAAUUGACAUCACACCCCAGUUACCAAGUCGGAAAAAAGCAAAAUCGGAGACCUGAAAGAAGAUGGCUACAUCUACGAAAGUUACUUAGCGCUUGCCUUAUCGUCGGACAAGGCAAGCGCUAAAAUAAUUUUCGUAGAUGUAGCCAUCUUCUUUCAGGACUCCGAUUUUGCUUUUUUCUGACUUAGUAACUGAAAUGCUGGUAACUUGGGUGUAGGCCUGUCGCGAUAAUCAAUAAAUCGCCUUAUCGCUCGGUAAAUAAAAACGAGGUCGGUCAUUUUGCCAGCCUCGAUAAUUGACGUGCGUUUGUUUUCCUCCUCUCUCGCUACCAAACAGGCUGGAUGAGAGAAGAGGUCUCACUCUGCGCAUUUUUCUCGGCACCUGGGGGCGUUGGCUCUAUAGCGGAAUGAACGGAGUCAGUGAACCCUCCUGUCAGUCAUUCAGUAUCUUUGUCACGGGGGGGCGCGCGCACAGGUACACGUAGGCGCGCACAGGCACACAGACAGACUUUUGGAUACAGUGCUGCAAGUAAGCGUCGUGAGUGAAAAGCAAGCAAACAGAGUGAACACGACAGCUUUGGUGUCUAAACCGAACGCAACAGCCCAAGUGUGGGAAUAUUUCGGCUUUAAACCAGUUUUGUUUUCGUCAACCACAAAACUCCACGUGUUUGCGCGCGCGCUCGUGUGUGUCUGUGUGUUGGAGGAGCACAGCAGGCUGAUGAGAGCUGUCAGAGCGGACUGAAGCUGCUCCUAUAUGUUUAGCGCUUAACUGACUGAGUUUUGCAACUCUGUUCGUCAUUUUCGUCUCGUCCCAUCAACGUAAACGCACUUUCGUCUCGUCACAUUUUAGUCAUCUCCGACUUAUGUUUAGCUCGUCAACGUUACGUCUUCGUCGUGGGUAAAAUUAAAGUUUAUCACUUUUGACACGGUGUACUCGCAUUAUUAUGCCAUUUGAUAUCAUUAUCUAUAAUUUAAAAAACGGUGUCAAUAAUAUCGUUUAUCGGCAAUAAUUUGUAGCACAAUGAUCGUCCAGCAAAAUUUGUUAUCGUGACAGGCCUACUUGGGUGUGACGUCAUUUUCAGUUCCGACAACUGACUUCCGAGGAAACACUAACUUAGCGUAACUCCUCCACUACAGGUUGGUGACCCUACCCAAGAUGUUCUGUUCCCAAAAAUUUCCUCUAUUUUUUCCCUCGUAAACACUGGUUGGAAAUGGCGAAGGUACGAGCAAGGCAGGGAUGACAGGGAGCUGCUAUUAUAAACAUCUCAGCUCAAAACAUUACAAAACUUUACGUUUUAAGAUUUUUUAGUUCUACUUUGUCAUCAUCAAUCACAGUCUGACAUACAAGCUUGUAGUAGUGUAACUGAGCAUAGGCUAGUAGUUGAGGCUGGUAGCAGUCCUCUGAUUGCAAAUCUUUUUCCGCAGACUGCAAGAACAUCGUCACCAGAGAUAACCAUACUUAUAAUAUUGCGCAUUUACCAAAAAAGCUUCCAAGUAAAGAGAAGAUAGUGGAGAUGUAAACUGUUAGCAGGCGCUAAUGUUACCUAGCUUCAUGUAAGUCACUGUGUACCAAACAUGGACAAAGUAAAAGUAAAAAGACAAAUAUUAAGACACUUAAUAUUUUUAACUAACCAUUCAGAAGCGCACUGUCACAGCCACAGAGUUGGAAUUUCUUCAAGAGCCUCUCCUUCUGGGUCUAACUGGUCCCUUGUAGGAGCAAUACCUAGCACUCUGUAAACAUUAGCGCAUGGUACCGUAGGGCAAGCCACGCCCCCUUCUUCCAGAGAGACAGGGGCGUGGCUUGCGCUGAAGGAGGCAUGGACAGGCGCAGCACAGAGAAACAGUGUGUUCUCAGUAGAGGUCACUAGAGAGUUUUCAGGCUGGUUGGAGUCCAGGAAAGAUAUGAGAUUUUAGACAACAAACUUCAAAUUGACUGUUCUUGGACCCCUGAGAUCUAAUCCGCUGAAAAGGAAUAUAAUAUGGUCCCUUUAAAGUGAUAAAGGAGAAGAUACACCAGUUCCCCCUUUCUCUGAUUUUUGUUUCUUUCAUUCACUCAGAAGGCACAUGAACAUGAAUGUUGAAGAAAAUCAGCUUUUUGUUGUUUUGUUGAUAUUGAUGGUCUCAUUUGGUUUUAACAACCUCUGUCAACCACAUUGUAAAUAGUAUUCAGUAGUGUACAUCUCUAAAAGGACUCCCCCUUACUCCUUAACAGUGUUUACUCCUGCUUGGUUAUGCAAAGGCUUGACUGCUUGUCUGCAGGGAAGGACACAGUGACUGAAAAAUGUGAGAUUUUGAGAAAAAAAAAAAAGACAGUCAGUGUCUUUGUAAGUCAGCGUGUACUUUAGCAAGUUGGAAUGUGUACAUCAGCAACUGUUUAUAUGCAAACAGCUUUUAUUUAUGUAUUCUAAUUUAAGGUAAUGGUACGCUGUUUUGGCUCCGAGGUGUCUGUGGCUGUUUGAUGGAAUGGGUGAAAAUAAAUGAGAUGCGCACUGCCUGUUGUCCUCGCUUUAUCUGUGGUAAUCUCUCCAAAUACACGCACAUUCAGAUUGUAUUUUGAAUGUUCUUUCAGUGGCAUAUGGAAUCCUUCCAGUUGAAUAAAUGACCUGAAGGAU